AGGAAAAAUAUCAUUCACGUACCGAUGACGCGAUAAUACAAAGACACGUCUUACAACUGCAACCUACAACCUCAAAAUUUCGUUUACACGAACUUCAUCGAAUAGGGGAUAGUCCUAUAGAUACAUAUUUAUACUAACUGUUCAAGAUAGUUUGUGAGAAGGCUUGAGAAUCAGUCUGUUACAUCAAAACUGUAGAGAAUUUCAAAAGUAUCCGUUUUAAUCUCGAUUUUGAUAUAAACCUCUAACGUGGUGUUGAAUAUCUAAUUGAAUUAGAAUUUGUUGAUUUCUAUCUUCAGAGGACAACGUUCACCACCAAAACAAACACAAUGGCUCGUUUUUCUGUUGCAGUUGCUGUUGUCGUCUUUGCGGCCGUCGCGAAUGGAGUGCAUGCAAAAGGUGGAGGUACUUGGCAGAAGUGGAGAUUGCUUUUUAUUCCUUGUACCUCUAAUCAAUAAUCAAUCAUGAUCAUGAAACGAAGAAGAAUGGAGUAGACGAAGAAUUCUCGCAAAAAUUUACACCAUGACUUGAGUCUUGGCUGAUUUUCUUCCAUGGUAGCUGUUCAUGCACUGUAUGUACAGGGCGUGCGGGUCUGACAUCACUCUUCAAAAUUUUCGUCAGAUGAUGCAACGCCAAAGAUGCAGCUAGGGAAGGUUCCAAGUAGCGGAGGAUUGAGUAGCGCUUCGACAGCCACUCCCCCUGUUCCUCUGGCCACCGGGGUCAACAGCGAUAAAACGGAGGACCUCGGAAGUUGUACACAUAGAAAAUGUGCUGUUCGCAAUAGUUCUGGGUGAGUCUUUUCAGUAGGGCAGAAAUCGCGGUGAUUAGAUUUGUUGAAUGAAGUUUUUAGCAAUUGCAGGAUGUUCUUCACGUUGAUUCAGAUGAGUGUUCGUCAUAAUCCGGAGGAGUUAUAAUCUUCAAUUUCUCUUUACCUUCAACCAGCCAAAAAUGCCAAAAGAGAAGAGUGCAGUUCAGAUCGUGGAGGUUUUCUGAAAAAAACUGGACGCACAUGCGUUGCUGCUGCCGAGAAGGUGGGACAGGUCUGCGCCAAAGGAUGCAAAGCUGCUAUCGCGGUCCCUGGGAAAGCGAUUGAACUCUAUAAAAGUUGCCCCUCGUGUGCUGAAUGCGCUUCCGCGUGCAAGAACGCUGCCACGUCUUCGGUUUUUUAUUGUCUUGGUUUUCUUUUUCCAGUUGACUUUCUGUCUGAAUUAGGCCUUCCUCUCAAUACUCUACGAGUACCUAUUCUACAACUUAGUAAUUGCUGUGAUUUAUAUUCUCUCUUUCAUAUACGACGUAUUGCGGCUGCUGCUGAUAGGUAGAUAGAUAGAUAGAUAGAUAGAUAGACAGAUAAUACUGUACAUAUCACAGCCUUCUUACAAAACUAGUUAUUUUGACAUGUGCCACAUGUCAAGGCUGUGAUAUGUACAGUAUUAUGUGUCUAUCUAUCUAUCUACCUAUCAGUAUGGCAUGCACAUCUGAGUCGGUCAUGAUAUAAUCGGGGAACCCAACCAGCACAUCUUCAGCUGUUGUGUCCAUUUAAAAAACUCCAGGAUGGGAGCGUGCUUGUCGCUGCUCAGGCUGCCAUGCUUGGCUUUAUGGGGUACGCUCUAAGCAACCCUACUGUCCUGACCGCGGCAGCAAAUGCUUCGAACCUCAGCAUUGCGAAUGGAUCUGGUGCGAAUCUCUCGAAUUUUUCGGCAGCUGAAGCUGCAAGCCCAUUCUCUGGGUGAAUACAUCGUGGGAGUUUUGAUCUUUAAGGACAAUCGAAGUUGCGACACACAAAGUACUUAACUCGAAUAUCCAGAAUGAAUCAGAUUAACAGAUCUGAGUUUGAUGUAGUUGUAGUACGAAUUCAACUUCAAGCUGAACAAGAAAUAUUGCUGGUGUUGUUGAUUCGUUUUCGAUCCUCUUGUUGAUCUGUUCGAUUCUGAUGUAGACAGAGAUCUACAUCCGCGUGGUUAACAUGUGGUUGUUGUUAUUAUUUGCAUAUGUGUUACCGCAUCCUCGACGAAUUGUGGUUGGACUGACAUUAUUCUUGCAGGGAGACUUUCUCAAAAAGUUGUAAGCUGCCAAGGCGCUCGUUUUGGAGCAGGCAUAGCAUAAGAACUCAAGAUUAAGCAUAAGAUCGUCAAGGAAAGGAAUUUUAUGAAUGUGAAAGUUCACAAUGAUAUCGCAUGUAGCUCUAGGUGUGAGACGGUUAUGUGCUAGUACACAACAAAGUAGAUGAUUCUAGAGGAAUAAAUAAGAGGCAUAGUCGUAUGUGAAAAUAUGUAAUUGAUGAUCAUGGUAAAAUCGGAUCACCGCCACAGCAGCUGCAGUACAUUCACGACGUAACGAGUUCUCGGCUGAAGGGCAGACUUGCUGAGAAUUUUCGUCUGUGUAAGGUGGUACUACUUAUCAUAAAACAAGUACGAGUAGGAAAACGCAUAUUCGAUGUACUUGUACGAAAAAAUUACAAUGACCAUAUCAUUUUCAAAAACUAUGCUGUUAGUAGAAGUUGCGUCUCGACAACUCUUAUAUAUAGCACAACACAUUAAUUUUGGGGCUUUUGCUAGCGGAAAAGCGAGAAGAUAGCUAAACAGUAUGAUCAUCAUGAUUGAUACAUUGCUCCCAUUCGUGGAGUCAUCAAUCGGAAAAUCAUCUUAAAGGAGUGAGGUACGUAUCUAUGGUCUCAUUUGUCUUCAAGAUGAAGUGAUGGCUAAAAAUGGCGUUAGAGAAAAUAUUGCUGUGUAGGCUUGGUACCCUUACCAAAUGUGCCACGAUGAUGAUCAUCGAGAUCAUCAUCCAUAGAAAUAUAUCGAGAAUGCAUCACUGCCUGUCCUCGCUGAAUACAACGAUGAUGAAAACAAUUAGUUAUGAUCACAUCACGAGGACCUUCCGCUGGCAGGUGGCCGUGUCUCUAUGCGUGCCGACAGAAAGUGAUGUUGGGUAUCCUCCUUUUAGGUAGCGGUCGUGAUUUCGAUCACAGCGAUCAUCUCAAUAAAAAGUACAUAUUGGCAUCACCAUCAGCACAUAAGCUUAAGCAGAUAGGAUUAAUAACACGACGCAAGGAAACCUGUUUUCUAAUGGUUUUGUCUUCUGUUUUUGGAUUUUUGCUGGUUCGGAUGCAGUAAAUCUGUAGAUUUGCAUGAUAAAUACAAAUGAAGUCGGCUUGUGACUUAUGGUCAGCAUACAAUUCCCACAAAAGUAUUCCAUUAGUUUUUACCGAUUGCUACGUGGUUAAACUUUAUCAAAAUAUAAUCGUUGGGGCAUGAUGGUCGCUGAGUCUGCUAUCGAAUAAUCUACCAAUUGUUGAGAAUAUAGUAGUUAUCAGAUAUAAAUGUACUUUAUCAAAAUCAAAUUUACCUAUUGAUUUGCUCGUGUUUAAUUUUCCUUGGAUAUCCAUCCGCGACUGGGCUGGCAAUGGCAUGCAUAUGAUGGUACAAUAUCUGUCAAUCUCUGAAAGGUGGAUACAACUGUCUUUGGCCUCAGCUCAACAUCGAUCUACAACUAUUCUCGUCAAUUUGCAUGUUGUUCCAAUAAGGUUCUGAAAAGCACCGCACCGAUGAAGUGAAGAAAUGUGCCAUCAGUUUACACUGUCUGACCAGAAGGGACUCACUUCACACCGCACAGCCUAUGCUGAUCUUCAAACAUGGAACUCCAGCGUCCUUUGCCUGGCACCAACAUGAAAGUAUAACGGUGCCAGACCCGACGAUGUGCAGGGACGCAGGCCUUGUCAACUGUCUGACCAAAUUGAAUUAUGGGUGACCACGUCAGG